CAAGAAUAAAAAAUAACAAUUACAACAACAAGUACAACAACUAAAGAUAAAUUUAAAAAAAUACAACAAAUUUUCGUGCAACAAAUGUGCGUAAGUGCAGACUUUAAUGUUGCGCUAAUGCUCGCUCUGACUUAAUAUGACAUGGCAGUCGGCGUAGAAAUACCAAAAAAAAUACAUAAAAACAUAACUUGCGAAAAUAUGUCAACUAAGCGCGUGUCAAUGUAGUUUUUUGAUGAGCCACAGCAUAGUUUAACAUUCAACUAGAAGCUCGUCGGCAAAUGCAACACAACAAUGAAAUGCCUGUUGACAACAUGGCCGCGAGCAGAGUGGACGUCAACAAAUUAUUGUUGUCAACAAACGAAAUCGAAAGUGAAUUGUGCAACAACUACAAAUCGGGCAACGAAAAUCAAACAAAGCGCAAAAUGUCACUGGUUUGGGCAAUACAGACAUUCGCUUGCGAGCGACAUCAGCAAUCGGCACAACAAAUGUAUUACAAGAAACCGAAUUACAUGUCAAAAGUGUCACCCAUUAUGCAUGAAAGCGAGUCAGCUGUGCAUCGUGCUUUUACUGGCGUCACUGUUAGUGUUGCAAGCUGAAGUUGUUGCUGGAACGUUGGUGGCUGCCGAGGCGGGGACAACAUCUACGGCAGCCACAUCUGUCAAUUUCAAAAGUAUUAUACGCAUCGGCGACGGCAAUAUUGUCACCAGAGACGCUAUUGAACAGUCGCUGGUAACCGUACAUGAUAUCGCCACCGAAAAUUUGGGCACCCUUUGCAUAUCUACACUAUACCGCCCUUUGCAAGUGCCAAUCAAUUCCGAGCGUUAUGAGAGCGCACGACAAAAGGCCGAUUUGGUGGCCUCAAUAUUGCAGGAGGUUGGAAUCGUACGACAUGGUGGGCUCAGUGAUGCAUUGGCCAAGGGCUUACUUAGUGACGACUCCACCACUGGCGCUAGAAUUUUAGCACUAAACCUUACCAAUGGUGCCGUGCAGUCGUAUGUUUGGUGGGUGAAAAGUUAUCAUGAGAAGACUGGCGAAUUGCAGCGGUACGAAGAGGAUGGCUUGCAGAUUGGCAAAAAGCCGAUUCAGAGUUAUCCAUGGUUCGACGAUGAGAACACAUCGCCAACUUUACGCUCACCCAAAUUUGCACCAAGCCCACCGAAUAUGUAUUAUAAAGGAUGGUGGACAUUCCCCUAUUUCUCCUGUACUUUAAGUAAAUGGAUACUCUCCUAUAGUAUCGCAAUACCACCGAGUGGACGACACGGUUUACGUGGCUUCAUCAGUAUCGAUAUCGAUGUAACCGGUCUGAGGGUCAAUCAGUGUGAAGCUCCCAUUUAUCGUUUAAGUUUCCAGCAAAUGCAAAAUCGACGACUGCACCUCACCGAUACACCAGCUCCCGAAUCCAUAGAGGAUAUACAGGCAUUUCAUGGCUCACACAAAUGCCAUCGCGAUACUAUGAAGUGCGACUAUCGCGUCCCCAGUACGGAGACGCCGACAAUAAUCACUAGCAAAAUUCUCUCCACACCAAAUAGCUGGUCACGUGGCGCUUAUCAGUGCCUUUGUCGGCGCGGUUUCUACUCGAUGCGACAUCCCGACGGUUUUAAUGGCACCAUUAUGGAGAUCGCAUGGAAGGAGCAUCAGGAGAAUGUGAGCAAUUAUUAUGCAGACGUCUUUACUUGCCUGCAAUGUGAGCCCGGCUGUGAUUUCUGUACGGGGCCCGAGCCAUGUUUGGCCAAUUAUAAUUGGCCUUUUAGAAUAUCGCUUUUAGUAAUAUCAAUAGGCUGUGCCAUUGGUACUUUUGUGCUGGCAGGUUAUCUUUUCCAUCAUCGCAAAGUAAAAGUUUUCAAAGUGGCCAGUCCAAUAUUUUUACUAAUUACCCUAAUUGGAUGCGCAAUAAUGUAUUUAGAGAUGGUGGCAAUUUUCCCCUACUUGGACAUGACAUGGUGCAUCGUGACAAAGUGGACACGUCACAUGGGAUUUUGUAUCACAUACACAUCGCUACUAAUGAAAACGUGGAGAGUCUCUCUCACGUAUCGCGUUAAAUCGGCACACAAAGUCAAACUCACCGAUCAACAACUCUUACAAUGGAUGGUGCCGAUUUUACUCGUGAUGCUCAUCUAUUUGGGCACUUGGACCAUUUCAGCUACACCGUAUGCUGAAGUGAUCUACGACCAGGGCGGUUUGAAGUUCAAGCAGUGCUCUUACAAUUGGUGGGACCAUAGUUUGGCCAUCGGCGAGGUGCUCUUUCUGGCUUGGGGCAUACGUGUCUGCUAUAAUGUUCGCAACGCCGAAUCAUUGUACAAUGAAGCUCGUCUCAUUUCUUAUGCCAUUUACAACAUCGCCAUUGUUAACAUAACCAUGGUCGCAUUCCAUCUUUUCAUAUUCCCAAGAGCUGGACCGGAUAUCAAAUAUCUCCUCGGCUUCAUACGUACUCAAUUUUCUACAACAACAACAAUUGCUCUAGUAUUCGGUCCGAAAAUAUCACGUGUUCUCAAAGGACAAGGUGACAAAUGGGAUCAGAAGGCCAAAGUACGCAGUAUAACUGCAUCGUUUUCGUUGAAUGGCGUUGGCCUGGUGCCCGAAGAGUCUCCGGACUUGUAUCAGGAAAAUGAAGAAUUGAAGGAACAAAUCCAGAAGUUGGCACAUCAAAUUGAGUUCAUGAAGACUGUGCACAUGCAAAUGAAUAAUCGGCAUUUAAAACCAAAACCCGGUGGCUAUUUCACCAUAACAUCGACUUCGUUGCAGGCGCCGUUCAGCAAAAAUACGAUGUCAUCCGCCCAAACACAAACUUCUAAAGGCACUGAGGACUCACUCGGUGGCAACAAAAAUUUGGGCUUCCCCACCCAUUUAACACCGUCAAAAGCCCGCACGCAUAAGGAGAAAGUUUGACGAGAUCAGCGAAGUGUAAAAGAUUGCUCAACUGA